AUUUCUGAACAUUUGUAAACUUAUUCCUAUGGAAAUCUACCGAUAGGAGUAUCGCAUUCCAACUCUUUUUCUUUUUCUCCUGCAGCUGAAGUUCUUUUUAUCCUUGUGAAACUUCAUACUGAUAAGACGACAAUGAAGGGGACAUUAAGAACAUUUGUUCUCUUGUACUGGAUAUGCUGUGCUUUUUCAGUACCAUUGCACAAACUGAUUAAACGAAAUGUUGCACAGACGAAGAGAGAUGUGGAUCCCGAAAUCUGGAUCGACCUCCUAGCAGACGAUAUAUUUGACAGUACUGCAAGAGGUCGGGAAACAAUUACACCAAGUGAUAUUACUGAGUACUAUUCAAGAAAGUUUAGUUAUGACGACUACAGAGCCUCUCAGAUCAGCCUGAGGUACAUGGGGUGGGGCGAUACGAAUCACGAUGGAGUACUCACAAAAGAAGAACUAAAAAUAGCGCUUCGGAGGCAUGACAAUGAUUUUUAAGAAUCAACGCACCACCUAACCAUCCCCUUUGGUUUUGAUUGUGUUCAUUUUGUUGGUGAUGUCCCCGUUACGUCAAUUUUAAGUCCUCGUAACGUAUCUCUCGUCAUCGUGUUCACACUGCGUCCGUAAGGUCUUCUCUUUGUUUUGCAUUACAAUCUCGAUGGUUGUUUCAAUCAGCAAUGCGGACAGAUCUUUAGUCAGAUGAUGUCGGGAAAUUGUGAGAGGCGUGCAAGAGGCGUCGUCAUUGGCGGUAAAUGAUGUCCAUUUUGGAACUACCGCCAGUUAUACAUGCACGCCGUAUGGUGACUGUAACAACAUAUCAAUCCUUAUAUUUGUUAUCAGUGUAUUACUUAUUUAACUUUAAUUAUUCCUGUCACAAUUUAUUUUAUAGGUAAAGAAACAUAUACUUUGUUGUUUUAUUAUUAUUUUUUGCUGUAUUUUUUCCACAUCAAUUGUUCGUGAGCAAAUAGACUCAACUGUUUUCAGUUUAGACAUUUAUUCCAGCUCUUUGUUAUUUUUGUUCUUGUAGAGUCAAGUAACAUCUUGUUAUGUUGUUAUAUAUUAUAUUUGACAUAUCGUCUUAAUUGGACGAUGAAAAAUGUAUUUUGCUUGCCAUAUGAUCAUUGUUUUCGCAGGUACAUUAAUUUAUUUCUUACCAUCGGACGUUACUUGUGCCCUUUCAUGUCACCCAGAUUCACCUGUAUUUAUUACGUCCAUCUCGCUAAGGAGGUUGUGGUUUUGUUUGUUAGACAUUCUUCACGUGCUCAAGGUCUCCAUGUUUUCAUAUAUCUAAAUAUAUAUAUUUUUUCACAAUUUUUCUUCUGCUUUGAUAAAUGAUUCCAAUAAAUAUGUAUAAACCAAA